AUGCAGGACACCAGCCGGAUGUCUCCAGUUGAAGCUGUCUGGGAGAACAUGGCUCGCAUGUGUGUGAAGACUCAGAGGCUCGAUGUUGCCAAAAUUUGCCUUGGAAACAUGGGUCAUGCAAGAGGAGCCAAAGCACUGAGGGAGGCUGAACAAGAACCAGAGGAGGAAGCCCGAGUGGCUGUGCUGGCCAUUCAGCUGGGCAUGCUGGAGGAUGCGGAGCGACUGUACAAGGCUUGCAAACGCUAUGACCUCCUGAACAAGUUCUAUCAAGCCUCAAACCAGUGGCAGAAAGCCAUUGAAACAGCCGAAGCCUACGAUCGGGUUCACCUACGCACUACAUACUACAACUACGCUAAGCACCUGGAGGCAACCGGAGAGCAGAGUCUUGCACUCACCCACUAUGAGAAGUCAGACACGCAUAGGUUCGAGGUACCCCGAAUGCUCUGUGAAGACUUACAAGCCCUGGAGAACUACGUCAACAAGAUGAAAGACAAGAGCCUGUGGAAAUGGUGGGCACAGUAUCUGGAGAGUCAGUCAGACAUGGAAUCUGCACUGAAGUACUAUGCGCUGGCUCAGGAUUAUUUUUCCUUAGUCCGUGUCCAUUGCUUUCAGGGCAACAUUCAGAAGGCUGCUGAAAUAGCAAAUGAAACAGGGAAUUGGGCAGCAUCCUAUCACCUGGCCCGCCAGUAUGAGAGUCAGGAUGAAAUCAAGCAGGCUGUGCAUUUCUACACCAGGGCCCAGGCAUUUAACAAUGCCAUCCGCUUGUGUAAGGAGAACAAUUUAGAUGAUCAACUGAUGAACCUGGCUCUUCUGAGCUCUCCGGAAGACAUGAUAGAGGCAGCCUGCUAUUAUGAGGAAAAGGGGGAGCAGAUGGACAGAGCUGUUAUGUUAUACCACAAGGCAGGCCACUUCUCCAAGGCACUGGAGCUUGCCUUUGCCACGCAGCAGUUUGGGGCCCUACAGCUGAUUGCUGAAGACCUGGAUGAGAAAUCAGACCCAGCUCUGCUAGCCCGCUGUUCCGAUUUCUUUAUUGAACAUGCUCAGUAUGAGAAGGCAAUGGAGUUGUUGCUCACAGCCAAAAAGUACCAUGAGGCUCUGCAACUUUGCCUGAAGCAGAACCUGACCAUCACGGAGGAGCUGGCUGAGAAGCUGACAGUCUCCAAGGACUCCAAGGACCUCUCUGAGGAGUCCCGCAGAGAGCUGCUGGAGCAAAUUGCUGACUGCUGCAUGAGACAAGGCAAUUACCACAUGGCCACCAAGAAAUACACGCAAGCGGGAAACAAGUUAAAGGCUAUGAGGGCGCUGUUGAAAUCCGGCGAUACCGAGAAAAUUAUCUUCUUUGCGGGAGUUUCCAGACAGAGAGAGAUUUAUAUCAUGGCAGCCAACUAUCUACAAUCACUGGACUGGCGUAAGGACCCCGAGAUUAUGAAGAACAUCAUUAGCUUCUAUACUAAAGGGCGGGCCCUUGACCUGCUGGCAGGUUUCUAUGAGGCAUGUGCUCAGGCAGAAAUUGAUGAGUAUCAGAACUAUGAGAAAGCACAAGGGGCCUUGAUGGAGGCAUAUGUGUGUCUUUCAAAGGCAAAGACUAGAAGCCCUCUGGAACAGGAAAGCAAACUCAUACAGUUGCAGAGCAAGAUGACCCUGAUUAAGCGAUUCAACCAAGCUCGGAGAAAUUACUCUGAAGAUCCCAAAGAAGCGGUCAGACAGUGUGAACUUCUCCUAACCGAACCAGAUUUUGACACCGCCAUCCAGCAUGGUGAUGUCUUGGGAUUUCUGGUUGAACAUUAUGUACAAGCGGAGGAAUUCCAGAUGGCAUACCAGUACCUGGAAGAGAUACAGAAAAGAAUUCCAGCCCUGAACCUGAGCUCCUACGUGACUCCACAGACCAUCGAGGCAGUGCACCGAGGAGCAGGCAUUCCCAUAAGCCGAACCCUGGUUCCGGAGCAACUUCACCCCAACAAUAUGGAAAACAAGGAGGUGGAGGAAGAUGUAGCUGAUGUAAUGGAGGACCCUUGA